AUGAAGUUUUUCCUGGGAAAUGCUUCUUUAACCUUAAACCCUAAAACCAAAUCAACGAUUCUUACUUCGAUCCAUCUGAUUCUCGUUAAACCCUUUUCUCAAUCCACUUCAAUUCCCACAAAACAAGAACGAGUUCGCGACCAUGGCUUCGACAAUUAUAUGGAAGUCGAGAAGAAAAUCCGUAAAGUCGUCAAAUUUCACAGUCUCAUUCUCUCUCAACCCAACAACACAAUCGCAAUCUCACUCCUCGACACUCUCGCUCGUCGUCUAGGUCUCGGUUUCAAGCAGCACGAACCAGGUGCUUUCCUCCUCAAAUUCCCACACGUGUUCGAGAUUUACGAGCACCCUGUUCAGAGAAUCCUCUAUUGUCGAUUAACCCGAAAGGCCUUGGAACAAAUCCGUCACGAGCACGAAGCUGUUCUCGCUCAGAUACCCGACGCAGUGACCCGGUUGUUGAAACUCAUUAUGAUGUCGAAUACGGGUCGGAUCCGUCUCGAACACGUACGGAUUGCUCGGACGGAGUUUGGGUUACCGGAAGAUUUCGAGUUCUCGGUGGUUCUGAAACACCCAGAGUUCUUCAGACUCAUUGAUGCUGAAGAAACUAGAGAUAAGUACAUUGAGAUUGUGGCAAAGGAACCGAAUUUAUCUGUUUGUGCGAUUGAAAGAGUUAGAGAGAUUGAGUAUAGGACAAAAGGAAUAGAUGCAGAGGAUGUUAGAUUCUCUUUUGUAGUGAAUUUUCCUCCUGGGUUUAAGAUUGGUAAGUAUUUUCGUAUAGCUGUUUGGAAAUGGCAGAGACUUCCUUAUUGGUCACCAUACGAGGACAUUUCGGGUUACGAUCUGAGAUCUUUGGAAGCACAGAAGAGAUUGGAGAAGAGAGCUGUUGCUUGCAUCCACGAAUUGUUGUCUUUGACUGUGGAGAAGAAGAUAACUCUUGAGAGGAUUGCUCAUUUCAGGAAUGUUAUGAAUUUGCCUAAGAAAUUGAAAGAGUUUCUUCUGCAACAUCAAGGGAUAUUCUACAUAUCGACUCGUGGGAAUUACGGGAAACUUCAUACCGUGUUUCUAAGAGAGGCGUAUAAGAAAGGGGAAAUGGUAGAACCGAAUGAUGUGUAUUUAGCUAGGAGGAGAUUAGCUGAGCUUGUGUUGAUGAGUCCUAGAAAGGCUAAGGUUGAUGCAGAGCUUGUUAAUUACAGAAAUGGAUUGGAUGACGAAGAUGAUAUCGAAUGA